AUGGCCUGUGGAAACAAGUCUAUUGAUGUGCCACACAAAAGAGAAGUUCCUUCAGGACUAAGGGUUGGCUACGCUGUGAGAGUGCAACUGUACGUCCAAGAGGAUGCCUGCAGCUUUCACAUCAACUUGAAUGCUGACCCGUGUGGGGAAACAAUUGCCCUGCACUUCAACCCUCGUCAGAGCGAGCAGACCGUUGUCCUCAACACCAAGGAUGGCUGCUGGAAGGAGCCGGAGACUGUACCUGGGUGUUUUCAGUUCCAGCCUGGACAGUACUUUGAGAUUGUUUUCAUUGCAAGUGAUGGCUGCUUUGAUAUCUACGUCAAUGGAAGCUUCUAUACGUCCUACAAGUACCGCAUUGCUGUGGAGAAAGUCCGUUAUUUGGAGAUCAACGGAGGAAUCAUUCUUUUGUCGGUCGAAAUCAACGAGCCACUGCAAAAAGAUUUCACCAAAAAGCUUCCGUGCAAUCUGAGGCCAGGAGACAUCAUACGCGUCAAGGGCUUCUUCUAUCAAAGUGCAAAAGGGUUCCUAAUCAACCUGCUCCUUGGUAACUGCUCCAAAGACAUUGCUCUAGCGUUUAAUCCACGCCGAGAUGAAAACACAGUUGUUCUCAACAGUCAGAAAAAUGGAUGCUGGGGAAAAGAAGAGAGACUCCCUCUGCCUUGUCAGCUGAAGCAGAAGACGUUCUUUGAGGUGGAGAUUUCAUUCACCACCUGCAAUGUGUUCAAGAUCUACAUAAACGGACAAUGGUUCGCAAACUUCACAGCCAGAGGGGACGUGACAGAUAUCUCCAGCGUUCAAGUGAAAGAAGACGCCUACUUCUAUGACGUGAAUCUGCUGACGAAAGUGGAUAAACCAUUUGUUGACACCUUGCCACUGACGAUUGGUUCCUGGGUGUCUGUCAACGGAGUGGUGGAGAAAUGUGCCAGCAGAUUUGAAAUCAAUCUCCAGGCCGGAGACAGCCCAAACUAUGGAUGUGACAUCGUUUUCCAUUUCAACCCACGUUUCACUGAAGGUUGCACAUAUCGUAACUCGGUACUGUGUGGAUCCUGGGGUGUGGAGGAACAUUCGGAGCCGGGGUUUCCUUUCAAGAAGGAGGAGAGAUUUGAGAUCAUCUUUCUGGUGCUGUGUGGGGGUUAUAAGGUGUUUGUCAAUGGUAAAUAUUACCUUGACUAUGUUCAUAGAGUGGAUCCAUGCCGAGUGAAUCACGUUAUGUUGACUGGGGACGCCGACUUCUUCAAACCAUAA